UGAGCGGCUGAGUGGGUGGGGAUAUGUUAAUAAAGCCAAUGGGUAUUGGGUUACCGAUACGGUGUGUGGGCGGGAUCACUCAGGAUAACUGAGGCGUGGCCAAUUGGCCGGCAGCUUCUCAUGAAUAAUAAGCAGCCCCUUGGCGCCGACGUCACCGCACGGGCCCGUGUUCUGUGCAGCUGACAGCCUCUGCUGAUCCAUAAGCGAACUUGGCGAUCUCAGGAAUUGGGAAGAGAAGAAGCGUCCUGCUUAGUUUUCAUCUUUUAUUUCUCGUCAUAUUCUGUUCGCAUUUCCUUGGUUCCAGUGCGAUUAACAUUUCAUUCCAAUUCAGAUUGAUUUUUUUUAACUUUUUUUUUUAACUGUCGCGGGAUUGCAUUUUAAUUUUUACGUUUGUGAAGGAAACGAGGAAGCGCCUUUCAUUUCAGUUUCCAAGUGGCGACUUUUCAAUUUCUUUGCUUAUUAUUUUUUUGCAGUUUUACGGCUCUUCGUCGCGUGAACUUUUCGCAUUACACAGAAUCCUUACCAUUUCAGUGAUUUUUUUUCUUUUUUUUUUUGGCUCAUUUUCCCAGUCACCUUGCAAUCCAGGGAAUUUAAAGGAUCUUCAACGAGGCCAGUAGAUGCUACACAUCCCGUGUCAUUUGUGGCGAUAAGAAACGAACCCUCGUACUUCCUUCGCCUCACAACCAGCCUGAACUGAUUUGUUGGUGUUGUGACAUUUAAAUAUCAUCGCGACUGAAGAUGGCUCGCCCCAUGUCUCAGCUCAUACCUCCCGACCUGCCGGGCUCCAGCCCCCAGUAUGGCACCGGCGGACAAGCAGGCGCACCUCAGGGGGGCCACUCGAGCUCCAUGGCCAGUCUCAAGUCCCUGCUGCAACUGCCUAUAAAACAAGGUGUCGAAUUCAGGAGUAAAGAGCUCAACGGCGACAGCAAAGUCUUGGAAAAGGAGAAGCUUGAUCCAGACGACGACUGUUUGUUAAGCUGCGGCCUACGCUCCUCGCAGUCAGCGUUCCUUGUACCCCUGCUGUGGGAGAAAACCCUUCCCUGUGAUGGGGGGCUUUUCCAGCUGCAGUACAUGGACCUGGAAGAAUUCCUCACGGAGAAUGGGAUGGGGCCAUCGACGGGUGGAGCUGAAGCGCAGGUCCCGAGCCAGAGGAAUCCGACUUCGCCGGCAUCAGCUUCCGUACCCAGCCAGUCUGGUCAAUCUCAGAGUCAGAUGGGUAACCCUCAUCACAGUCCUCUGCAUGGCCAUCAAUCCCAGUUGUCCCAGCUUCCACAGAUUGCACAGUCGCCAUCCCCUACAGCUUCGAUGACUCCAGGAAGCAAUGGCAGCCCCACCAUGGAGACUGCAGCCCAGCAGCAAGGCAUUAUAGGAAACUGCAUGCACGGGCCUGCUCUUCAAGGCCAGGUGGCGUCCCCCGACCCCUCCAACUGCCCACAGAUGGAUGGCACUGAUGUUAUGGUGAACUUUGACCCCGACCCCGCAGAUCUCGCUCUGUCAAGUGUACCAGGACAGGAGGCCUUCGAUCCACGGAGACACCGGUUUAGUGAUGAGGAGCUCAAACCCCAGCCCAUGAUCAAGAAGGCCAGGAAGAUGUUGGUCCCAGAUGAGCAGAAGGACGAGAAGUACUGGAGCCGACGGUACAAGAAUAAUGAGGCGGCCAAGCGCUCCCGGGAUGCACGGCGACUGAAGGAAAACCAGAUCUCCGUCCGUGCCGCCUUUCUUGAGAAGGAGAACGCCGCCCUGCGGCAAGAGGUGGCCGAGAUGCGCAAGGAGCUCGGGCGCUGCCGUAAUGUACUCACCAAGUAUGAAAGCCGGCAUGGAAACUUGUGAAGUGCUGCGUGUGAAGGCAAACAGACUGGAAACUUUACAACAAGUGGCAGUGUUUGAGCCAUGGGAGGAAGAGGAGGAAGAGGAAGAGGAGGGCACAUUCUCUCUCUCUCUCACGAGUGAAAACGGAUAGUUAGGGUACUCUUUGACGUGACAUAAGCCACAAAUAAAGGUGCUGGUUGACCUCGCCCCUCACUCCAGGGGUGUUCUUCUGAAUAAGCUAGGACUAGGACUAGAGGUGCUUGGCUGCCAGGGUGUCUGUAAGGUCUUUCAGGGAAUGAGCUGUUCCUUCGGGUUGGGUUGCAGGGGUGAGCAACAGACAGAGAUGUUUUUCCUCUUGCGGACCACAGGUGAUGGAGUUCUACAUUGGCCUUCAGACAAAAAGAAAUUAAACUCGCUGGCUGUUGGAACAGAGUUACAUUUCUGCCACUUGUUGUAAAGAAUUAUCUGUCAACGCAAAUCAUUCGUUUCUUAUUGUGAAGCUGCAAGAAGAGGAGGAAAAAAAAAGAAAAAGAAAAUGGCAUUGGUUUCUGGGUUUAAUGUUGCGAUACCAUUAAUCACUAUGGUAAGAGCGGACCUUGGGACUGGUCAUCCUGGGUGGGCGACGGAAAGACGUCUUGAGAAGGAAGCUUUCUUAGAGCCAGCCUCGUAUCUUCGUAGAGUUUUAAACCCACGCUGCCCUCUGAACCAUCCGACCUGCAAUUUUGCUCACCAACGAGUAGCACUUAAUGAAUUUAAUCUUUUCCUUGUAAAUAAUUCUUUAUAUUUAAACAAACGGAAAAAACAAAAAUGAUUUGAAUAUGACUUUACCGAACAAUCUCUGGGCUUCAGUACUAAAUCCCUGUUGCAAUCCGUUUGUCCUUGAAGUUGUCAAGCAAUCUGUUUACAAAGAGAUUUUUCCAGUCAGCCUCGCCCUGCCGCCCUCCUCUCCGUCUGCCAUCUACGCCAACUUCGGAGGAGCCACAAGUCUGAACUUUGCUUUCAGAACGCACCGUGUGGGAUUCCGAUUUGAGACACAAAAGAAAAAGACUUUCGUUUCGAGACCCUUGACUGUUUUUACUUCCUCCUUUAUUUGAAAAGUAUUUUAGCUUUGAAAUAGCGGCACAGUGAUCAAGCGCACAAAAAUGGCCUGAAAGAUCUUUUGUUUUUAAAGAAUUUUCUUUUUUGUUUCCCCCUUUUGGAAUACAAAAUGGCAACUAUGCAAUAUUUAUGGAGGUCGGGGAGAACCUCAGUCAGUACCUCUUUGCUGAGCUGUAGGAGACGCCUGCCGUUGACUUAGCGGUCAGCCUUUAGCUUUGGGGUGUGGAACGACAAUCCGGCCAACAAAUCCUCUCCGAGUUAACUUAUCAUGCGGUCUUUGAUGGAAAACUCCAUUUUAGUGUCCCGCAUUGUGCUAAUUUGAGGUGAGAAUGGUUGAAAAUCUAUAAAGGAAGGAGGAAGCAUUCAUUGACCUCAUAAGGACAUGAUAAGUAAGCACCUAAUUCAUUUGUUGGCUCCAGUGUUUCUCAGGUUGUUCCUACAACGACGGCUACACGGCAAAAAUCUGGCGGGCGAUGAGGACGGCAUCCGACGUGAAGCAAGCAAAAAAAAAAAAUACAUUUUCUGAAAAGAAAGGGGUCUUUUUUUCCCCCCCAAAACAGUUCUUAAAGAAUAUCGUUAAGUGUAGUCUUGAACCACUGAUAGAUAGAUGAGAGCUUCCAAGAAGCCUGUGGAGACCCUGCAAUUCGAGCCCUCUGGCGAUCACAAACAUCUUUUUAAAAAUGUAAGCAAUCAGUACGGACAGCUGGACACGUGUCUUUAGGGAGCUGAGGGUGGGCUUGAAAACGGGUGAAGGCACGGACCACCUGGAGAGUUUCUGGGCAUUUUUUGGUCAAGAACACAUGAAAUCAUCAGACGUCGGCUUAUCUUUCCCUCUUUGACUUCCCAGCCUUUCAGCAACACAAUCUCUUGAUUCCAUUUUUGGCUUUGAUAAACUUUCCUUUGGAAUUUUUUCACUUUUUUGUUUUUUUUUGCGAAAUUUGAGGCAGAGUACGCCUGACGUUAAGACUAUUUUUAAUGAAACGAAGUUUGGUUUUGUGUACAGUGAUCCACUGACUUUGUAAAGAAAUUCUAUUUGUGUAAAUAUCUCGACACAGAAAGCUUUCGUUUUGCUUUGAAGGCCUUC